AUGUCUUUGUACCCUGCAAAUAAUCGUUCGAAAGAGGAGGCUCUUGCAAGUCUUCCUAUCUCCAGCAUUUCAAUAACCAAUAGUGUUGUUGUAAGUGGAGCUAGUGCUGAUGGAAACUACUCCGCAGUAUACAGAAACCUGGCUUCCCCAGAUAAGUUGAUUUCCAGUAUUCAUCCAGACUUGGACACUUACCAUAAACUCUUCAACAAUGCUGUUGCACGAUAUGGAAACAGACCCUGUCUUGGACAGAGACCGUUCAACUACCAGACGAAGCAAUCAGCUUCCUACUACAAGAACUACACCUACAACCAAGUGAACCAGAGAAAGAAAAACUUGGGUGCUGGAAUUAUCUAUUCAUUGCAAAAUAAUGCCUUUACCAACUAUAACUUGGAAUCACACCGCAAGAUCAGAGAUCACUUGAAGAAUUGGCUUUCUUAUGGAGUCACUACCAAUGCAACUGAGAAUACCAAUGAGCAGAUCGAAAAGAGUGCUUCCUUCAUUGUCUCCAUUUUCUCUGCUAACAGAUACGAAUGGAUCUUGACUGAUCUUGCCUGUACUGCUUUUUCUAUCACAAACACUGCCCUCUACGAUACUUUGGGACCAGAUGUGACCAAGUAUAUCUUGGAGUUGACUUCCAGUCCUAUUGUAGUUUGUUCAUAUGAUAAAAUAAGCACAAUAUUGGAUUUAAAGGAAAAGUAUCCAAUAGAACUUGAAAGUAUAAUCUCAAUUGUUUCUAUGGACCCAUUCUCAACUAUCAACAAUAGUCUUCUUGCGAAGGCUAGUAGGUUGAAAGUUGAAAUCAGCGAUCUUGGUCAAAUUGAAGAUGUAGGUGCUUCGCAUCCUCUUGAUGAAUUACCACCUUCUCCAGAUACUCUUUACACCAUUUCUUUCACAUCUGGAACUACUGGUGCUAAGCCUAAGGGUGCUAUGUUGACCCAGAGAAAUGCAACAUGUGGUAUGAGUUUCUUGUCAUGUGCUGAAACUCAUUCUCGUGGCAGGGAUAGAGCAUUCAUUUUCUUGCCUUUGACUCAUAUCUACGAGAGAGAAACUAGUGGCUUUGCUCUUGUCACCGGAUAUUACUUGGGAUUUCCUCAGUUAACUAUCGGACAUGACAAAGUUGAUCCAUUCACAAAUUUGAUCCAAGAUUUGAGAAUUUUCAAGCCUACUUAUUUCUCAAAUGUUCCCAGAAUACUCACCAAGAUGGAGGCACUUGUGAAAAAUUUAAUCAAUGAGAUGAGUGCAGAAGAUGCUGCUGAAGUUAAAAAGAUCAUUGAGUUCAAACAACUUGAACACAAGAGAUACGACGGUUCCGAAGCUAAGAAUGCUCUCUACGACAACUUCCCUGCGUACAAGUCAUUACAAGAGGCUAUGGGAAUGACGAAGUUGAAGUGGAUGCAAACUGGUUCUGCUCCAGUGUCUCCUACUACCAUAACUUUCUUGAAAGCUGCACUUAACAUUGGUAUAAGACAGUUGUAUGGGUUGACAGAAUCGUUUGGGGGCAUUACGAGUACUCCCGAAUACGAAGCAGAACCUGGUUCUUGUGGAAGUAUUUCUCCAACUAUCGAAGCAAGGUUGCGAAAUGUCAGUGAAAUGGGUUACAAAAUAAACGACAAUAAGGGUGAGUUUGUCAUCAGAGGACACCAGAUCUUCAAGGGCUAUUAUUACAACAAAGAAGAAACUGAUAAGGUGUUCAACUCAGAAGGUUGGUUUCAUACAGGAGACAUUGCAAGGGUAGACAAGAAUGGUAGGUUCUUCAUAAUAGACAGGGUGAAGAACUUCUUCAAGUUGGCUCAAGGAGAAUACAUUUCGCCAGAGAAGAUCGAAAACAGAUAUUUAUCUUCUAACCCUAUCAUUUCUCAACUUUAUGUUCAUGGCGACUCGUUGCAAUCGUUCUUGGUAGGAGUUGUGGGUGUCGAUUUCGAAAAGGGUUUGAAGUUCUUGAACGAUGUUUGUGGCUACAACCGAAUUGACAUGUCUUCGGAAGAAAUGAUAGAAACCAUUAAUCGUGUUGAUAUCAAGAAGAAAUUCUUAGAUAUCAUCAACGAAAACGUUAAGGACAAGUUGAGUGGUUAUGAAAAGUUGCAUAACAUUCACAUUGAAAUUAAUCCCUUAACAGUAGAACGAAACGUAGUAACUCCUACGCUCAAGAUUAAGAGGGGUUUUGCUUCUCAGUUCUUCUCAGAUGUCUUCCAUCGUUUGUAUAACUUGGAACAGUCUCUCUUGCUGGAAGCUAACUAUUUGAAAUCAAAGCUUUGA